GUGCCUGGUUUGGAUUUUCGCUCGCGCUACCAACUUCCGGGCCGGGACUCCUACCUGGAGCUAGUGCGCAGACCGCUUCGCCUUGAGCUCCGCUGAUCAGGAUGAUCACAGACGUGCAGCUCGCCAUCUUCGCCAACAUGCUGGGCGUGUCGCUCUUCCUGCUUGUGGUUCUCUAUCACUACGUGGCCGUCAACAAUCCCAAGAAGCAGGAAUGAAAGUGGCGCUUUCUCCGCCCCAGGGUUCCAGGACAUAGUCUGAGGCAAGAUGGAGGGUGUGAGGGGCCUUCACACUUCACUUCAUCCCUCUACCCAUCACAACAUACAAAGCAACUACACCUGGAGUUUUCCAAACAACUUUUAUUUCCUAAAGUCUUCCUUAACCCUAUGGAACAAGAAGCUGCCACUGAGUAGGGCCCAGUAUAGGGGCUUUCUUUUCUACUCUCUCCCCCCAAUAUAAAAAUAGAGAUAUAUAUUUU